AUGGAUUGUGUACAUUGCGGUGAAGAAUCGAAAUAUAAAUGUCCUAUUUGUCGUCAACCAUAUUGUUCAGUUGCUUGCUGUAAGCUGCACAAAGAGAGUAAAUGUGAGCCACCUGUUCAACAACCUCAAAUUACACAAGAAUACGUAAAACCAUACGAGUUUCCAACUGAAAAUACUGUGCCUUUAGAAAAAUUGAAGUUAUUGGAACAAUCAAAAGAAUUAAAAAAAUGUCUUGAAAAUCCACAUGUUAGGGAAAUACUAACAUUAUUAGACAAAUCUACAUAUCCAGAUGUACUGAUUGAUGAAUACAUGCAAGAACCAAUAUUUACAGAAUUUGUAGAUGCAUGCUUGAAGGUUGUUCAACCAGAAGAAUAA